CCCCCCAGGCCCCGGCCAGCGGAAUGAAAGUCCCGAGCCACGCUCUGGGUCGCAGCGUUGUAGUGGAAGGACCCGUGGAAACCUCCGAUCCGUUCUCAGUCAGUAAAUUCGGGAUUCCUGUAGGCAAUGGAGACUGAUCUCAGUUCCCAGGAGAGAAAGGACCUGGACAAGUUCAUUAAAUUUUUUGCCCUCAAGACGGUGCAAGUGAUUGUCCAGGCUCGACUUGGUGAGAAGAUUUGUACUCGUUCAUCUUCAUCUCCAACUGGAUCCGAUUGGUUCAAUUUAGCAAUCAAAGACAUCCCAGAGGUUACACAUGAAGCCAAGAAGGCACUGGCAGGGCAGCUACCUGCUGUCGGAAGGUCUAUGUGUGUGGAGAUCUCACUCAAGACUUCUGAGGGUGACUCCAUGGAGUUAGAAAUUUGGUGUCUUGAAAUGAAUGAAAAGUGUGAUAAAGAGAUCAAAGUUUCCUACACGGUGUACAACAGACUCUCACUGUUGCUGAAGUCUCUCCUGGCCAUAACCAGAGUGACUCCGGCCUAUAGACUCUCCAGGAAACAAGGGCACGAAUAUGUCAUACUGUACAGAAUAUAUUUCGGGGAAGUUCAGCUAAAUGGUUUAGGAGAAGGUUUCCAGACAGUUCGUGUUGGGACAGUGGGGACCCCUGUGGGGACCAUCACUCUUUCUUGUGCUUACAGAAUUAACUUGGCGUUCAUGUCCACCAGGCAGUUUGAGAGGACACCGCCUAUCAUGGGGAUUAUCAUCGACCAUUUUGUGGACCGUCCCUAUCCGAGCUCCUCGCACCCCUGCAAUUACAGAGCUGCUGGCGAGGAUGCCGGAGUGACCUACCCUUCUGUGGAAGAUUCUCAAGAAGUGUGCACCACCUCUUUUUCCACCUCCCCUCCUUCCCAGUGUGUGUUUACUGUCACAAAGGCACAUUUUCAGAGUCCUACUCCUGUGGUGACGGACACCCUGAGGGUCCCCAUGGCAGGACUGGCCUUUCCCCACCAACUCUCAAGCUCUCGCCUUUCCUAUCAGCCUGCUGCCCUGGGCGUUGGAUCAGCUGACCUGGCUUAUCCAGUAGUGUUUGCUGCUGGCCUAAAUGCCACUCACCCUCACCAGCUGAUGGUUCCCGGGAAGGAAGGUGGGAUUCCUCUUGCUCCCAACCAGCCUGCCCACGGUGCCCAGGCUGAUCAGGAGAGAUUGGCAACCUACACCCCUUCCGACGGGGUCCACGGAACCGCCACGCCAUCCAGCAGUGAGGACACUGAAACUGUAUCAAACAGCAGUGAGGGACGGGCCUCUCCCCAUGAUGUCUUGGAGACCAUCUUUGUCCGAAAAGUUGGCGCUUUUGUCAACAAACCCAUCAACCAGGUUACCCUGACCAGUUUGGACAUACCCUUUGCCAUGUUCGCUCCGAAGAAUUUAGAGUUGGAAGACGCCGACCCUAUGGUGAACCCUCCUGAGUCCCCCAGCGCUGCGUCCCCUCUUCAGGGCAGUCUUCACUCGGACGGAUCCAGCGGUGGUAGUGGUGGGAACGCGCAAGACGACUUUGUCAUGGUUGACUUUAAACCGGCAUUUUCUAAAGACGAUAUUCUUCCGAUGGACUUGGGGACCUUCUACCGUGAAUUUCAGAACCCCCCUCAGCUGAGCAGCCUCUCCAUUGAUAUCGGGGCACAGUCCAUGGCCGAGGACUUGGACUCACUCCCGGAGAAGCUGGCUGUGCACGAGAAGAAUGUUCGAGAAUUUGAUGCCUUUGUAGAAACCCUGCAGUAAAGUUGUAUCAAGUCCCAGCAGUACUCCCUUCUUGCCAUCCCACGAGGCCAGGAGCCUCCUUACCACUGUCAGCUGCUCCCUGUCUUGCCCCACAUCAAGUGGAGGAGAGGCUGGGUGGCCCCCUGGAGACGCUGAGGCUCCAUUCGAGCUUUUGGGAGGGCUGACUCCUCCUCCAGCCACUUAAGGACCCUCAGCAGGGCCAUCCGCUUCCACUGCUGUCACCAACUGCUUCCCGAAACCAUUCCUCCUGCUGCCAGCCUGCCACCCGGGACCUAUCCUGCAGCUGCCCCCACAUCUACCACUCCCUGCAAACCCUUUGACAUUGCCAACUGGUGGCCCUGAGCUGAUGUGGGGCAGAAAGAAGAAAGGCACCAUCCUGGCUCUUUGUCCUCUCCCUUCGUUCUAGAAUCUUCCCUCUCUCCCUGGCCCCUGUGCCUGCACCUUGGGCAAUAUGACAGGCCUCCUGCCCAACCGAUUUGGUGAGAACCCCACCGCAAAGAGUUCUGAGCAGCCCUGGCGGCUGCCUGUGCUCAGCUUCUUCGCUCCCAGAGACAGUCCCCGCCUCUCCUCCCUCCCCUGUCACUGCUCCUUAUCCCAGAACAUGCAAAUAUUUAUUACCUUCAGAGGAUCAGAUAUUUUAUAGAGGAAAUACUUUUGGAGGCUAGAGGUGUUCACGGGGGAAGGUAGAGGGUCAUUCCCCGGGCAGGGCCUCACAAAGAGGCUCCUCAGACUCCGGGUGCUGCUCUCAGGUUCUUCCUCCGUGAGCUAGCAGGCUUUGCCUGAAUAUAGUACUGGCCAUGGGCAGCAGAACCUCCAGACAUGCUGCAUUUGAACUGACGACAGGCUUCUCCUGGAACAUACAAAACACACCACAGACUUGUUCCUGGUAAGAGCUUAGAAUCUGGCUCCGGCUUCCACACACUAACCAUCCAUUUCAGCAGCCUGGGGAGUCCUGGGUGCUAAAUGCAUUGAUGAUCCAGAGUCGUGCUAUGUAGCAUGCGUGAGAUCAGACAGGGCCCCUCUCUGUGCCACUUGUUCCUGUUUCUAGGGUUGGGUCAUGGCUUAUUUCCUCCUGCAUCUGGGCCUGGUUGCCAGAGUUGACUUGCUUCCUUGUAGAGUAAGCAGAGCAAGUCAAGUGCCUCACCUCCUGACUGUUUCUCCCAUCUACCGCCUCCCCAGUCUUCUUUGGAUUUACUCAGCAUGGCAGCUGUUCUGCAGUGGAGCACGCGUUCCUAUUGCUGGCCAGCUGCCUGUGACCCUUUGGCUGUCACGAAAAAAUGUGCCACGUCCAACUGUGGCCUCCAAACCUGUGCCUAAAGGCUUGGGUACAUUGCUGAGGGUUGCCUCCCACUCCCCUCCCAAUAUCAGAUGCUGCCGAGGCCUUGCAUGGAAAAGUCCAGCAUAGUUCUCUGGCUCGUGGUCAUGGUCUGUAGGACACAGCCUUCAGGACCCCAUCACCGAAAGGCCAGGGCAUGGGCCCCAUGAGUUGGUCCCAUUGUUGGGGCUGGUCGUGUUCCCCAGGCCCACUCUGGCCUGACCUCGCACCUUCCCUGGGACAGGCCUGGCUCGGUCACCUGUGCCCAGAUGAGAGCCCUCUUGCUCCUCCAGCCCGCCAUGUUGGAAAGAUUGAGCUAUAAUUUAAGAUGUAUUCGAGAUUUCCAAUAAAUUUUUUCUGUACUUUC